GGAAUCGUCGACCGCGGCCUGGACCCCUACGAGGUUAAAAGCGCUCAGGGCGAAUAUGUUUUCAUUCUCCCCACUGUAUUCAGUGCGUCUGCUCGCGUCGAAAAUUUGAGUGUAUUGGGCCUUAGCAACAUCGUGGUUAACAGCAUUAGCUACUCUCCGUUCAGCAAUGACUUGACCAUUGACAUCUCUAUGCCCCGCAUCACAGCGAUUGUUGGUGAUUCUUCAUUCGAAAUGAUCGUUCUUGGUCGUGAAAUCUCUGGAAGCUUGAGUGGAUUCUUGGAAAUUACCGGACUAGGAGCCAGCGGCAGCGCUAAAGUAGUCGUGGGUGACAAAGUGUCGAUUAGUGACGUUAAGGUCAACGCUAAAUUUGGCAACAUCCAGUCUGCGCUCAAUGUCAGAAUCCUCGGCAUAAACCUUUCAACGCUAGUCACAAACUGGCUGAACAACCUUCCCGCGAAUCUUUCUCUGUACAGCGAUCUCAUUAACCGUGGCCUCUCGAGGAUCAUCCAGACCCUGCUUAACCAUAUCUUAAAUAAACCUUAAGCUUAAGCUUGUAUGAAUUAAAUAAAAAAUAUUUUUAAUACAACAAAUUCAGUCACUACCUAAGCUGAGCAACCUUUAAGUUCCAACUGCAAUAUUCUUAUGUUGUAAAAUUUCAAUAAUAAAAUAAUUUCAGUAAAAA